AUGACCUCCACCGCCGUGCCCCAGACUGCGCAGUUCGCCGCCGCGCGCGCCAUCCUCACGGACCCCUCGCGCGGCGCCAAGCUCCAGGACUCUUUCAGCAACCAGGAGAAGCUGGCCUUCUACGGCCUGGGCCAGCAGGGCACGUACGGCGACAACACGGACAAGAAGCCCGGCAUGCUUGACCUCAAGAAGAAAUACAUGCAUGAGAGCCAUGCCCGCCACAAGGGUAUGCCGCCGGCGGAAGCGCAGGCCAAGUAUGUGGAGCUCUUCUUUGUCGCGAUGAAGACGUACGCCUCCAUCAACAGCAAGUGCGAGGGCUGGGCGGCCGAAGUGGCGGCCAUCAAGAACUGA